AUGAGUGGCUUGCAAGUACUACCGUCUAGUUUGAAUUUAACACGAGAUGAACAAGAUGAAUUAUUAAGAAGUGUCGUCAACUUUUUGGGACAUCAACGUCGAGAUAAAUUUGCAUUUCCAUUACUCGUUACACUUUAUUCAUUUAUAUUUGCCACUGGAUUAACAGGAAAUUUUUGCACAUGUUUUAUAAUAUGGAAAAAUACCGAUAUGCAUACACCAACCAAUUUUUAUCUAUUUUCAUUAGCCGUUUCAGAUCUACUACUUAUCAGUUUAGGUCUAUCUGUAGAAAUGUAUAAUAUUUAUGAAUCAUGGCCGUGGAUAUUUGGAGAAGCAUUUUGUGUAUUUCGUACAGUCGUAUUAGAAAUUGUUACAUCCGCCUCUAUUUUGACUGUAUUAUGUUUUACUGUUGAACGUUAUUUGGCAAUAUGUUUUCCAAUGAUAUCACAAAAAGUUUUAGGAGGAUUGAGACGAGCAUUAAAAAUGAUUCUAAUUGUCUGGUUUCUAUCAUUUCUAUUAGCCGUACCAUAUACAUUUACUGCUGGUGUCUUUGUCAGUGUACCAGCUGAAAUUCGUAAUCAAACAGUGCAAAUUUUAGAUAGUCGUAUAUGUGCUAUUAGACCUGAAUAUUGGGAGCCAAUGUUAUAUUAUAUGGCUGUCACAACAUUUUUAGUGUUUGUCAUUCCUAUAUUUGUCAUUACUGUGCUCUACAUACUGAUGGGUAUUACAUUAUAUAAAGCAAGUCGAAGACCAUCACAUAAACAAAAUCAAAUUACCGGUGAAAAUUGGAGAGAUAAAAAUAUUUCUAUGCUAAAAUCAAGACCAAGAAAUUCGCGUCGAGCAGUAUUAAAAAUGUUGGGUAUACUAUACUAUUUAUCAGCUACAGUGAAUCCUGUUUUAUACAAUAUUAUGUCAAAACGUUAUCGUAAUGGUUUUAAACGUACAUUGUGUCGAUGGCCAAUCGCUACUCAAUCCACAUCCUAUCGUCACGUUCGAGCAAAUACAUUACACAAUAAAUCGUAUGAUCAUCACAAUGGAACUGGAAAACAUAACAAUAACUAUAGAACGUUUCAUCAAAUGAAGUUACUUCAACAACCUCAUCAUAAUCGUUUAUCUCGACAAACAUCGAAUAGCCUAUUGAAACAACAUUCACCACCCAUAUUUUAUUCUAGUUCUCAAACAAAUAAAACAGCGUUAAUCACACAACAAAAUAUGCAAAAUGGUACAAUGAGUACCACGCCGGCGUCACCACCUAUUUAUCAUCAUCCUUAUCCAGAAACAAAUAAUCAAUCAGUACAACAACGGACAUCACUACGAGAUACAUUAUUCACGUUUUCAAUGUCUAAAUAUAAAUUUGUUAUUGGAGCAAGAACAUUAAAAUCGCAUGAUUUUUCUCCGACGUAUAUACUUCCGCCAAAAAAAGCACAAAAAACACGUCGCCCUAUGUCAUUGAAAAAUCGUCGAUGUAAAUCCGAAAAAUUUCGUUCAUAUCACUAUCGUUUUUCUAUUGAACCGCAUCAAAUAUCGCAUCUGCGAAAAUUUUCCAUGAAUGCUGCUGCUGCUGCUGCUGCUGAUCGAUCAAAUCCACUUAGUAGCAGUAUCAAUAGAUAUCCAAAACAAAUUCCUCAAAUACUACUAACAACUACUCCUACAACACCGUUGAAUUCAUUAGCAUCACACAAUGGAUCGAUACCGUUGGAUAAUUUAGCAAAAAUUCCAACAAUUACCCCUCAUUUUGGUAUACCCAAACAGUGUGACGGCGAGCAUUUAUCGUAG